AUGCUGACAAUUCUCCAGGGAAAACGCGAUCUUGGCUUCAUCGAAGGUGAUUUGAUCGAAUGCCUCAACGCCGGAGAUGGCUCGUGGUGGGUUGGACGACUAUAUCGUGACCGCCGGACGGUCGGCUCCUUUCCCUCCAACUUUGUCAAAGUCCUUCCAGAAGAAUUUCGGCCAUCCGCGAAUCGCUCCGUCAGCCCUGUACCACCCAGUAUCGCGCCGAGCCCUUCGAGAUCGAAACCAUUCCGACGCCCGUUUGAGGCUUACGCCAAAGCUCCUCAUUACACAAGUGCAAAGACACCCAUUACAUUUCGGGAAGAGCCUGCCAAAAAGCCGGUGUCACCCGUCAAGACUCCUGUCUCUUCGGCGGCUGUCGCUAGAACCAAAACUGGCGCCACAAGUACGAGGCCGGAGCAUACUCCCUCACCGCCGCGCAUAAGACCCUACGACCCCAGAGCUGUAUCGCCCGCCCCUUCAUUCCGACGACCAGAGCCUCCCAGAGAAAACGAACUCGCCCACCAACAAUCAGCUCCUCCCCCUCCGCCACCGCAUAAGCACGUCGUGAGAGCUGGUUCGGUCGACGUCGAGCCUCCACUUGCCCUGUCCAGACAUGGUUCGGCGGUCUCCUAUCACUCACAGACUUCUCAAGUGUCACGCCAUGCAUCACAGCUUUCCUAUCAUGAGCCGGAGGAUUUCCAGAGACACACAUCAAAUGCGUCCUAUGACAAUCAUCGACAUGGUGGCCACGCUGACCAGUAUGCCACUCCGCGAAGAGCUGGCUCAUACAUGGAGCAUUCGCCUGGCGGUAGCAACGCAAUGACACCUUCACCACUCCGUGAAGCCAUGGAUGGCGUGAUGGAACAGCUCGAUGAGCUAGAAGGGCUGGGAAGUCGAUCAGGGGAGUCUCCAGAAGCGGAGAUUGAUCCCUGGGCACCGGAGUCUUUCGGCCUAGAGACUCGUGUGCCGCGUGCAUACGAGCCUGAGUUCGGCAGACCACGGACUUCAAUGGGCAUUGCUCAGUCUGACGAAGGCUACGAGACAUGGAGUGGUGAAUCCUCUCAGCUGGAGGGACAUAAGCGCAGCCGGAAAGGAGAAACACAAGAGCUGCCACAAUUGAGCAAUUACGUGGAAAGAAUGGAGAAGCGUUUCCAAAAGAUGCAUAAGCACAGCAGCAGUGUGCCCGUUGUAGACACUGACGGACCGCCUCCACCACCUCCCAAGAAUCAACACUACACGCGGCCUAGCUCUUCGGCCGGAGACCGCGCUGUGCAUGAAAGGGCACUGAAAUCGCAGAAAUCGGCGUACGACAUUAGAGAGAAGGACGCCAUCGGGCGCACAUAUACGACAAAAACAAAUACGACGAAUUCGUCGUCCGGCAACCAAAGCAACACCAGCUAUGCUACCCAGAGUAGUAGUCGAACGCUGUGGAGUGGCACGUCGGCAAGUGGCUUUAGCUCAACAAGCGCUGGAAGCAUGGCUAGAAACCACCAUAACCGAGCUCACAGCGCCGUGACCAUGCGGGAGACAGCCGACCUUGAAAGACCAGACUCACCAUUUACGGGCGUAUCCUAUCAUAGCAGCCAUGCUACGAAUGCUGGUGGCGCCGCUAGAAUAAUGUCACAAGCUGUAUACGAGGAUCCGGCUGCAGGAUUGGGCGGACUGGUACAGCCUAAAGCCCCCAAACGCAACAUUUUCAAAAAGAUCUUUGAAUCCGCCAAAACGGGCGUCGCAAAUAAUCGUGGGAAUCUCGCCGGUGGAUUAGGAUAUGAUCCGCGUAAUCCUUCACCUUUCAACCGAGCUUAUGGCGGCGGAGCCACGGGGUCUGCCCGUAUGACGGCCUUGCGUUCGAACAUGGACUCGCCACGGGAAACGGGCACGGGCUCCAUUGAUUGGGUCCAAGUGCGUCGUGACAUUAACAGAUCCAAUUCGCUAAGUAACAUCGAGAGGGCGGAACGGAGAGACCGUUGUCAAGGUCAAGAUCACCCAACCUUGAACCCGGUGGACGAGCUCUACGAAAGCAUUGAGGGCGACGAAGCAGCAGAUGGAAACCCCGUUUUGGACUCACUCAACUACCAGUCGAUUAACCUUACACAAGUGGACAAGAACUCUCGAUUCAUCAAUGAAGCUUCCCCCGCGACAACAGCCAUCUCGCUGGCAACUACAUACGUUUGUAGACCCUACCGCAGCGAUGUACAACGCCUACGAGCUAUUUUCACAUGGGUUAGCGAGAAGAUUGUCUGGGAAGAAGACUUCGAAGGCGAGAUUAACACCCGUGAGGUAAUUCAAUCCAAACGCGGGUGUGCAGAGGAGUAUGCAGUGCUCGUCAUGGAAAUGUGCCUGGCUGUUGGCAUUACGUGUGAAGUCGUACGAGGAUACCUCAAGGCCCCUGGUGAGAUAGUAGACGGCAACAUCAUGCCGCGGCCAAAUCACUGGUGGAACGCCGUGUUGGUGGAUAAUGAGUGGCGCAUGAUGGACUGCUGCCUGGCCAGCCCAUCAAACCCGAAGCGCAGCCUAUACUCGACAGUCAAUAGCACUGUGGCGGAACCUUGGUGGUUUCUCACCAGACCGUCUGAACUCUGCUGGACGCAUGUACCAGAGCACCAUGGACAGCAGCACAUUGUGCCGGCGGUGGCACACGAAAUUCUACUCAACUUACCCUGCGUCUGCCCUACUUUUUUCAAAGACUCAGUUGAAAUGGUGGACUAUAAUACUUCCUCAACGAGAAUCGAAGAUUUGGAGAUGGUUCAUCUCAAGAUGAACGUUCCCGCAGAUAUUGAGGUGGUAGCUGAAGUCGAGACUCGCGCUUACUCUCGAGACCACGAUGGAGAUGUGUUUGAGAGUGGCGAGGUAGUCAAAACGAAAGCCCUGGCGCAGGCAGAGUGGUACGGUGGCGUCAAAAGGUACACAGUCAAGGCACUGCUGCCUGGCGACGAGGGUCAGGGAGUGCUCAAGAUAUACGCAGGUACAAGAGGCUUGAUGCACAGCAUCAAAGAUGUGCCGCACCCCCUGGCUCUUGCGCUGCCCAUUAUCCACACGGGAGAAAAUCCUCCUUAUCAGUUUGUGACGCGGCACCCGACGCCACACGCGCAGCGCAAUGACAUUUACAUUGUGCAGCCACAGUGCCAGCGCUUAGCUCUCAACAACACAUUUGUAUUUGCCAUCCGCCAGCACCCAUGCCUUUCAGCUGGCGUAUUACAAUCAAGCCUGACGCCGUCAUCGAACCCUGGCCGGACAAGCCCGAAUCCCUUUGCACGCCCAAGCUCAGCUAUGAGCAUGGUUGCCUCGAGCGUCAGUGGCUCAAACCCGAGCUCCGCAAGCGGGACAGUGGCCGGCCACAAGCCAGCGAAGCUGGCUAUCCAGACGCCCGGGGGGAAGAUUCUUCGCCUGAUGAGGAAAGAGGAUCGCAAGGGUAUCACAGUCACCGGACGCGACGACGACGAGAUGAGCGACGGCGCCACAUGGGAGACGAUCAUCAAGUGCUCUGAGACGGGUAUCUGGAGAGGUCUCGUGCUGGCGGACCGAACCGCCCGCUGGUGUGUGUUUGCCGAAUGGCACUGUAUUGGCUAA